AUGACAGGGUACGACUUCCACGACAACUUAGCCGAGGCCGUAUUUCUUUUUAUCCGGAGCAUUUUGGAGACUCAAAUGGACUUAACCGACGAAGAACUGAGAACUGAACUUUCAAAGUACAUGACGGCAGUUCCGCCAGUCACAGCGACCACGCGUGUCCUUCUGUUUAAUAAACUACAAAAGUUUUUGGAGGCGGAUGAAAAUGAAAAGACCGCAGUGGAGGAGGCAUCAGCCUCUGUGAAUUUUACUUCGUCUACCAGUUCUCAGAGAACUGCUUCACCGAAGAAAACGGAAAAAACUACGAGUGGCGGCAAGGGCGAUGUAAUUUCUACGAGUAACUCCUCAAAUUCCUCCCUGUUUGAGACUGAAAAUUACCGCAUUCGUCGUUUCCCCGCUACCGAGAUGCCCGAAUAUCCUGGCGGUCGCUUAUCGGCACCAAAUUGGCGCUGCAUCCUUCUACUUUUUCUUCUUUGCAUUGUUUCUGGCCUUGCACUCAUGUUCUUCUACUCGGAUCCGUUCUAUCAUAACCCGGUGACCGAUUUUGCGGCUCAAAUAUCACACUCAAUUAAUAAGAAGUAG